AUGAUAUCGAAGUGUAUAUUGUUUGUUUGUAUUAUUGUUGGUACCUUCGCCGGUGAUGUAACUAGUAAUGAAGACACUAAAGCUCUGAUUUCAGACGUUUAUGAUGAUUACGUUGUCAAGUUUAUUGAAAACGGUGGACAAGAAGACGAAGACACCCCUAUUCUGACUGGAGGGAUCUGGAAGUGUGGUGACUGUGAAAACAUCAACGAAUCCCAGCUCAUUUAUAGCGAAAGCAAUGACAUAGAUAAGGGAAUGUCUAAGGAGAAUAUGGAUAUACAGUUUGAGUUUACAAAUAUGCGAUGUGUGACCGUACGGGCAGAUGUCGCCGGUGUGGUUAGACGGAUGGAGGGAUCGUGCAAGGGUGACAGUGUUACCCUGACUGUUGCGUAUGCGCAGUACAUCACUAUUAAUAUCUAUGGAAAUUAG